AUGGGCAAGGCAGCACCGAUUUCGGGCAUCAACCCCGAUGCGGCGCCGAAAGCGGAAAUCGCGUCUCUGGCGACUUCGAUGACGGCAGCGGCUUUCCUGGGCAUUGCCUGGUACCUCUGCAUCGAGCUCAACGUACGUCUCUUGGUCAAGGUAACCCAGCCAAGUCUUUACUUUUGGGCGUGCUUGCUUUGCAGCUGGGGCAUUUUCGUCCACUGCAUUUCCAUUCUACUCUCCAACUUCCACCUCUGGACGUCGUACUGGUCCAUUGUGGUCAUCCACGUGUCGUGGCUCACCUAUGUCAUCUUCCAGUCGCUGGUGCUCUACUCGCGCCUGAGCCUCGUGCUCUUCAAGGCGCGAGUGGGAAGAUAUGUCCUCGGUAUGAUCCUUGUCAACGCCGUCGUCUUCGGUCUGUCCACGGUCGUGUUUGGACUGCGGCACUCGAGGUACGCAAUGGGACUGACGCAUGCCUACUUGAUCUGGGACAGGGUCCAGCUUGCUGCUUUUGUUGUGCAAGAAACACUCAUCGGGAUACUCUACAUCCGCGAGACGUCAAGGCACCUCAAGAGCAUGGUUGUUCUUGGCUCCGACCACGACACGACGCGCUGGAACCUCCGAUACCUGAUUGCAGUCAACAUCUUCAUCAUUGCGCUCGACUGCAGCAUCAUGGGUCUGUGCUACAGCGGAUUCUUCUUCCUGCAGGGUUUCUACAAAGCUGCCGUCUAUGCCGUGAAGCUUCGCACCGAAUUCGCAAUUCUCAACCAGCUUCGUGCGUCGCUGCCGGGCGCGCCGAGGUACGGGUCGGACAAUGUUGUGGGACAGCAUCACAGCCAGGACGAUGGGGCCAUGGGAAUUUUGGAUAUAUUGAACGAGGGUCGAGAAAUGCAGGUUGUCGAGGACGCGGUCGAGGCUCCGAGGAAGAGGGAUAGCGCCAGCAAGAAGGCGCCAGCAGACGCCUGA